CUGGUCUACGAAUUCCUCCUCCGUUUUGUGGAGUCGCCAGAAUUCCAGCCCAACGUUGCCAAGCGCCACAUUGAUCAACGGUUUGUGCUUCAGUUGCUGGAACUGUUCGACAGUGAGGAUCCACGGGAACGCGAUCUAGUCAAGACAAUCAUGCACAGGAUCUACGGCAAGUUUCUCUUUCUCCGUUCCUAUAUUCGCCGGCAGUUCAGCAACGUAUUCUACAAGUUCAUCUACGAGACAGAGCGGCACAAUGGCAUUUCGGAAAUGCUCGAAAUUCUUGGCAGCAUUAUCAACGGCUUUGCGGUGCCGCUAAAGACGGAGCAUAAAACCUACCUAAUGAGGGUGCUCAUUCCCUUACACAAGGUCAAGUCACUUAGUGUCUAUCACGCCCAAUUGGCCUAUUGUGUGGUGCAGUACCUCGACAAGGACCCCACUCUCACCGAGCCAAUCGUGUUGGGACUACUGAAGUACUGGCCGAAGAUGCAUAGUCCCAAGGAGGUGAUGUUUCUCAACGAGUUGGAGGAGAUUCUUGAUGUGAUGGACGCUGCAGAGUUCAAGAAGAUCAUCAAACCUCUCUUCACCCAGCUGGCUAAGUGUGUAUCCUCGCCGCACUUUCAGGCAAGUAUUGAACUCUUCUCAUCAUUCCUCCUUUUCUUUCGGUGGUGCAUUACUUGUUUGGAUGUUGUUCUUCCUUUCCUACAGGUGGCUGAACGAGCGCUGUACUUAUGGAGCAACGAGUACAUUCUCUCUCUCAUGACCGAAAACGUAGAGACCAUCCUUCCUAUCAUGUUCCCCGCGCUGUACAGAACUAAACAACAUUGGAACAAAACUAUUCAUGGUCUAAUCUACAAUGCUCUGAAGCUCUUCAUGGAGAUGAAUCAGGUCCUCUUUGACAAUUGUACCACAAAAUAUAAAGAGGAGCGUCAACGGGAACGCGAGGAGGCCAAGCGUCGGGAGCGUGCUUGGGCGUCGUUAAAUGCCACGGCAAUGAAGAAUCCACUGUACAAGUUGGUGAUGUCUGGCGAGCCCAACGGUUCUUCUGUCAUUCCUACAAUGCCGACAGCAGUGGAAGGUGGUGGCGCUGGUAGUGCUGGAGCAAACGGCAUCACACCGCAACUGAAGCCACAACAGCAGAUGCAGUCACAGAAGCCGAGGAAUGGUACUGAAGAUGUUACCACCGACAAUGGCAUGGACGCCAGCAGUCCUCCUAUUGACAAUGAUGAGGACGUCAAUGCAUCGCUCCGUUCAUUGCAGCAGGAGAGUGAAGAGGAGGUGCGCAAGCUGGGCGGAGAGGGUCAGGGCACCUCAGCGCUGCCCUUUCUGGUACGCAAAAUGGAGAAGACGGCACCGGCGUCAUUGCGUCGCAAGUCCGACUUGCCGCAAGAUCAAGGCACUAUUCGAGCAUUGGAGCAACACAAGCGACCCGAUCAAUUCCUUGCCACCCAGCCCGAUCAAUAG